UUGUGUGCUGUCGACAUCUCUAGUCGAUCCAUCUUCUGUCGAUCGACCUCAUGCUGUGACUCCAGCUCUUCUUCGCCUCCAUGGAUGCCAAACCAUCGCAUGGCCUCACGGUGGCCAUCCCUCCGGGACCUUCUCAAGAAGCCACUCGUAGCCAUUCUCACGACAUGGAGAAGGGAAUCCAGAACGAAGGAAAGCCUUCUGGGCCCCCGCCAGGGAUUCCUCCGGGGCCUCCAGGAGGAUGGCUCUGUCAGAGAAUGUCGAGAUCUCAGGAAAUUCUCUUCAACAUAAUGGUGGCCUUCCUUCAGCUCAUUCCACAGUCAACCUUGACCACCGUCUUCCCAGUCAGCAGAGACAUUGCCAUAUCCUUCAGGAUAGCCAAUCCAUCGGUUCUACCGUGGCUCGUCGCCGCCUAUGCAUCAACUUUUGGCACUUUUAUACUCAUCGGAGGGAGGCUUGGUGAUAUUUUUGGGCACAAGACCAUGGUUCUGAUCGGCUAUUCCUGGCUCGCCACCUGGAGUGUGAUUGCAGGUCUCAGUCACUACGUUGGCUAUGAACUGUUCUUCGUUGCAAGGGCUUUUCAAGGCUUAGGCUCCAGUCUGAUGGUACCAAACGGGCUCGCUCUGUUGGGACGAACAUAUCCACCUGGAUCGAAACAAAAGGUCAUUUCCUUUACUAUCUUCGGUCUGUGUGCCCCUAUUGGUGCUUACAUGGGCAUGAUCUUCGGCGCCCUCUUCACCAAAUUUGUAUCGUGGCAUUGGUCCUUCUACACUUUGGCCAUAGUCUGUGUGGCCUUGGCUUUGGCCGCACAAUUGGUAUUGAUCUCUCCUCCGCCAACUCCAAAGCAGAUGAAACCGAACAGGGACAAACUUCGCGACAUGGACUGGCUCGGUGCCAUCACGGGCGUGGGUGGAUUGAUUUGUGUUCAAGUCGCCCUUGUCUCAGCCCCGGCAUCAGGGUGGAGCACUCAGUACAUCUUCAUGCUUCUUAUCAUCGGUGUUCUACUGAUCGCUUUCUUUCUCAUCACUGAGCUCAGGAUUGCAGAGCAACCACUUGUCCCAUUCAAGAUGUUGAAAGCAGAUGUUGGCUUUGUGAUUGGAGCAGUGGCAUGCGGUUGGGCGAGCUUUGGUAUCUGGACCUGGUAUUUGUGGAAAUUUUUCUUGAGUAUCAAACACGACAGUCCAUUGGAUGCCGCUGUCCAUGUCUUACCCAUUGUACCUGUUGCACUUGCCGCGUCGAUACUGACUGCAUGGAUGAUGCGAAAUUGCAUGCCCUCCUGGACUCUCUUCUGGGCUCUCGUGGCGUUCAUGUUUGGCCCACUCCUCCUAGCUAUUGAUGCCAACCUUCAGGGAACGACAUAUUGGAGUUGGACGUUUUGCUCCUUGCUCAUCAUGCCUUUGGGAAUGGACAUGAGUAUGCCGGCGGCCACCUUCAUCAUGUCUAACUUCUUUCCUCCUCACCAACAGGGUCUAGCUGGAAGUCUCAUCAGCACCACCAUUAAUUAUUCCAUAUCCCUUGGUCUCGGACUGGCCUCAACGGUUGAAGUACACGUCAACAAUCAUGGUCGAGACCCUGUGGCUGGCGUUCGAGGUGGGUGGUUCAUGGGUGUUGGACUAGGUGGUUUGGGUGUCAUUAUCUGUGUGGCCUUUGUCGUCAAGUCAAUCUGGUAUCCCCCGCCCCAGCCUCAGAGAGGACCGCCGGGCCCUCAGAACGCACCGCCCACGGGAGGUUCCUUGCCAACACAGAUUCCUCCGCCAGAAAAGUCGAAUCGACCAACGCGCACCAAUACAGUCUCAAGCUUGGCAACCACCAUGGUCGGAGAGGGCCCUUUCAGCCCCAAGAGCAGCGACGCGGAAGCGUUCAAAUCUUUCAAUUUUGACACACCGCCACUGAGAUCUCCUGUUACUCCGAGAGCGGUAUCACCGACGAAAACGACACCAAACCACACGUCUUCUGACUUGUUGCAAUUUUCUCCGACGUGGCCGAUGAAUCCAUCUCACAUGGACGCAUCCCAUCCGAACAGGUCAUCGUCAAAAGCGCAAAGCCCGACUCACCUGCACCGUUAUCAUCUCAGUGAGAGCACGACGGCCUCGAGAUCCCGAACGAACUCGCAGAGUCAGCUGGCGUCACAUCCCGCACAAACACCCACAUCUCGACCGUCACAAUUCAUACCUCUACCGACUGAACUCGAAGCCGCCUACCGUGGUCGCGGCAGUUGGGAAUCUGGUGAAGAUGAUGAUAACGGUCGUGACAGAGAGGAUUCAUGGGUCCUCGGAAGACAUCAGCCGCUUCCACAGCAGCAAAGGACCAUUCACAUGCGGGCCGCGUCGACAUCCCACGGAAAGGACGUGGAUGGUUUUGAUCUUAACAAGAAACACAUGAUGUUGAGAACCAUAAUAGACGGGGACUCUCGACGGACGACAAUGUGCGGUCUUGAUCAAUACAUGCACGACCGAGGAAUCCCUAUAUGAUGGGAGUAUUUGGUUGGGGGGGG